AACUAUCCUCCUGUAUCCUUCUACCCUCUUCUCCACCUUUUCUUCUCUCUUUAACACUAUAAAUCCCUCAACUUCUUGGGCCUAUCCACCUCCUGUUCUCCCGAAAUCCUCACCUGGUUUUUCCUUCCCUGAUACUCUCUACCUGCUCUGCUCUCUUGCGAGUAGUAGAGAAUAGGGAGAAAUGGUGAAGUUCUCGAGGGAAUUGGAAGCGCAGCUCAUUCCUGAGUGGAAGGACGCAUUCGUCAACUACCGCGAGCUCAAGAAGCUUGUCAAGAAGAUUAAGAUUUCCCUCCAUUCACGAUCGGACUCCGACGCUGCUGACCCCAGCAACAAAGACAUACCCGAUUUCGGAAUUUCAAUCUUCGAUAGUUUUCGUGCGCUCGCUGCCGGACUAUUCUCCGCAUCUUCACGCAGCCAUGGCGAAUUACCCGUCCCGGUUGACGAAGAUAGCGCGGAGGAAGAGGUACCAGUUCAAUCCAGGGAGGAGGAGGAAAUCAGUUUUUUCAAUAAACUGGAAAUAGAGCUUGAAAAAGUGAACAAAUUCUACGAGGCCAAGGAAAGAGAGUUCUGCGAGCGCGGGGAAGCCCUAAACAAACAGCUUCAGAUCCUUGUUGAUUUGAAGAAAAUCCUCGACGAGCAUCACCGUCGCCGUCAACAGCGGCGAUGCUCAUCUCCCAAUCACGGCGUCUUUCUUGAUCUACUGAACUCAACGUCAUCAUUUUCCGAUCGAACAAGCGAGAUAUCGGAUAGCGCGACAUCACCAGAUAUAUCAGAAGAAGUGAUCUCCGCACUGGAGAGAAACGGCAUCAGCUUCGUUGGGUCCACUCGAUCAAAGGCGAAGAAGGGAACAAAGCCGAAGGCUGCGACGAUGAGGAUUGACAUCCCGGCGACGAAUGCCACCAAAACCAUUUCAGCCAUAACGUCAAUGGUGUGGGAGGAUCUCGUGAAUGGAGCUAGAAAGGAAGGCGACUUCGGAGGCGGCGGCGGGGAUUACAUCAGCCGGAAGAAGAUACAGUGCGCGGAGAAGAUGAUCCGCGGCGCUUUCGUUGAGCUGUACAGAGGUCUGGGACUGCUAAAGACCUAUAGCUCACUCAAUUUGAUUGCCUUCACGAAGAUAUUGAAGAAAUAUGACAAGGUAUCGAAAAAUCUGGAAUCGAGCUGCUACUUAAAGAAGGUGAAGCGAUCGCACUUCGUAAACUCUGACAAGGUGGUGAAGUUGGUGGACGAUGUGGAAUCUAUUUUCGUCAAGUAUUUUGCCAGCAAUGACAGGAAAAAGGCAAUGAAGUUCCUCCGGCCGAAUCAGCCCAAGGAAUCCCACGUGAUCACCUUCUUCGUAGGUUUAUUCACGGGUAGCUUUGGGACUUUGUUUACUGUCUACGCAAUCUUAGCACAUAUAUCUGGAAUUUUCUCUUCCAACAUCGAACCAGGUUACAUGGAAACAGUUUACCCAGUUUUCAGCAUGUUUGCUCUUCUUAGCUUGCAUAUAUUCCUGUACGGUUGCAACUUGUUCAUGUGGAAGAGCAGCAGAAUAAACUAUAAUUUCAUCUUUGAAUUCAAUCCUAACAAAGCUCUCAAGUACAGAGAUGUAUUUCUCAUAUGCACCUCAUUUAUGACAAUAGUUGUGGGUGCAAUGGUGAUCCACCUCAUUCUCAGAUCAUCCAAUUUUGCUCCGCAUAUUGUCGAUGCAAUCCCAAAAACUCUGUUGAUGAUCUUCUUAGGAACACUGAUUUGUCCAUUCAACAUAAUUUAUCGUUCCACACGUUAUAGCUUUCUUCGAGUCAUGCGAAAUAUCAUAUUCUCUCCAUUUUAUAAGGUGUUAAUGGUGGACUUCUUCAUGGCAGAUCAAUUAACUAGUCAGAUCCCGCUGCUCCGGUACUUGGAAUUCACAUCGUGCUAUUUUAUAGCAGUGGGGUUCAAAAUCCACCCGUACGACACCUGCACCAACAGCAAAAGCUACAAGCUCCUGGCAUAUAUAAUUUCCUUCCUCCCUUACUACUACCGUGCUAUGCAGUGUGCGAGAAGGUACAUGGAGGAAGGCUACGAUCCCAAUCACUUGGCUAAUGCGGGCAAGUAUAUAUCUGCAAUGUUGGCUGCUGCUGCUCGAUGGAAGUAUGCAUUAGACCCGACUCCAAUGUGGCUUGCAAUCGUGGUCAUCACCUCAACACUUGCCACUUUCUACCAGCUUUAUUGGGACUUUGUUAAGGAUUGGGGACUUCUCAACCUCCACUCCAAAAACCUAUUUCUUAGAGACGAACUUGUUCUCAGACACAAGUGCAUCUAUUACUUUUCCCUGGCUUUAAACUUCGUGCUACGACUUGCAUGGGUAGAAACAGUGCUACGACUAAAUAUGGGCUUCCUGGAAAAUCGUCUUGUUGACUUCACUCUGGCAUCCCUUGAAAUUAUUCGACGGGGACACUGGAACUUCUACAGGUUGGAGAACGAGCACUUGAACAAUGUUGGCAAGUUUAGAGCAGUGAAGGUGGUUCCUCUUCCUUUCCGUGACAUGGAAUAGUGCGGCAUGGACGCUUAAUAAUUUGUUGAAUGGGGUUAAAUAAAACGUAAUGUUAUUCAUUAGUGGUAGCUUGCUCAUUCAUCAAGAUUACUUUUUAUUUGGGUUAAUCGUUUAAAAGCAAAACACACAAGUUGUUUGACUUGGAGUUUGCAAAAGCUUCUUUUCAAGUCAUGCCAAAUUUUCCAAUAAGAUAGUUUAGUUCUUAACGGAAUGGGGGGAGAAUACUUGAAGGGAAAACAAAAAAGCGAAAGGCUUAAUGUGCCUUUAGAAACAUUUGGGUGGUUGGUAGCAUAAUUGUAUAAUCUUUUGUUCAUUAUUAUUCAACUUUCCUUUUGAAUAAGAUCAUUAUAUUAGAAUAUCAAUGAUUGUAAGGAAAGUGUUUUGCCGAAGUAUUUUGUAAUCAAAGUUAAUUUGUAACUUUUUUUUUUCUGCAUAGGAC